GGGUGCCUGUGCCCGUGCCUUGCACAUCUCCUAAUAUGGAAAAAGAUGACGUGAAAUUCUAAAAAAGGAAAGGAAAACCAGGCCUUGAUUCCUCUAAAAAUGUCUGAGCAGCUUGAUUCCUCUCUCUCUUCCAGACAUGCCGGAGGAGCCCCCAAAUGCAGAUCCAAUUCUUAUCCCCAACAACCCUACGACCCAUAAAUGCCCUAAAAAAACCAAACCAAGUCCAACCCCAACCCCAACCCCAACCCCAACCCCAACCCCUCCCAUGGUCCGGUCCUCUAAUUCCAUGGCCUCCAGCCUCGAGGAGGCCAUGCUCACACACGAGAAGGAUCAACAUCAGAAGAACUCAAAGAAAUUAACCCUUAUUCCUCUUAUCUUCCUCAUCUUCUUCGAGGUCUCUGGUGGCCCUUUCGGCGAAGAGCCUGCAGUCCAAGCUGCUGGACCCCUCUUCGCGAUCCUCGGCUUCCUGAUCUUCCCCUUUGUGUGGAGCAUUCCGGAGGCCCUUGUCACUGCCGAGCUCGCCACUGCGUAUCCUGGCAAUGGUGGCUAUGUCAUAUGGGCUUCUGAGGCAUUUGGCCCCUUUUGGGGCUUCCUGAUGGGGUGGUGGAAAUGGGUCAGUGGCGUCAUCAACAACGCUGCGUACCCUGUCCUCUGUGUCGAUUACCUCAAGCUCGUCGUGCCUCCUCUCUCUGGAGGCUGGCCGAGAACCCUUGCCGUAUGUCUGUUCACGAUUGUGCUCUCUUUCCUUAAUUACACGGGCCUAACCAUCGUUGGUUGGACUGCUGUUUGCCUUGGCAUCAUUGCCCUGAUCCCCUUUCUGUUCAUGGCUCUCGUUUCGAUCCCGUCACUGAAGCCACGCAGAUGGAUGGACACGAGCCCAGAACACAAGAACUGGCCCUUGUUCUUGAACACCCUUUUUUGGAACCUCAAUUUUUGGGACAACGCCAGCACCAUGGCUGGAGAAGUGGACAAUCCCCAAACGACCUUUCCCAAAGCCCUGUUCUCUGCAGGAAUCCUGGUCUGCCUUGGCUACAUAAUCCCACUUCUCGCAGUUACUGGGAGCCUCGAGCUCAGCGAAUCGAAUUGGGGCGACGGGUUCUUGGCCGAGGCAGCAGGGCGCAUAGUGGGCCGAUGGCUCAAGUUUUGGGUCGAAGCCGGGGCAGUUCUCUCAGCCAUUGGGCUCUUCGAGGCACAAUUGAGCAGCGCCUCCUUUCAAUUGCUUGGCAUGGGGGAGCUCGGGUUCUUGCCUGCACUCGUGGCUCGAAGGUCGCCAUGGUUCAACACCCCGACCUUUGGGGUGGUGGUCUCUGCAGCCGGCAGCCUUGCAAUCUCGUUCAUGAGCUUCACAGAUAUCAUUUCUUCUGCGAAUUUCUUGUAUAGCUGCGGGAUGUUGCUCGAGUUCGCAUCAUUCUUGUGGCUGCGGUGGAAGAAGGGAGAGGUGAUGAGGCCAUACAGGGUACCCAUGGGGAUGGCAGGGCUGGUGGGAUUGUGUUUGGUGCCAUCGGCAUUCCUUGUGUUUGUUAUGACAAUGGCGACUAAGAUGGUGUGUGCCAUCAGCGCCGGUGUGACGGUGGUGGGCGUGGCGGCGUAUUUCUUGAUGGGGUGGUGCAGGCAGAGUAAGUGGUUGGAGUUUGAGAAAAAGGCGCCGGAGGUUGCGAUGGACUGAACCAUGUGAACCACAAGGUUGUGGUGGACUGAACCAUGUGAACCGUAAGGGUUUCUUGAUGCCUUUCUCCAGGGAUUUGGGUUGGCUUUUUUAGUCUUCUACUUGUAACUCUUGUUUUUGAGGAUAUGGUAUACAAUGGGUGAUUCAGUUAUAGUGGCAAUACCACAUAUUGUAUACGUUGUUAUUGCACU